ACAUUACGUGAAUUAAAUAAAUGAAACUGAAAUUGCGUUUUUCACCGUUCCUUAGUAAAAUAGUGCAGAAGAGCUGAAGCGUCUUUUAAGGUGGAACGGGCAGUUAUAAGUCAUUUUAUUAGACUAAGGUUUUAGAAGAGGCUUCUAAGAAGAAUAACGAGAAACUAGCCAUGCAGAGAAGAAGAUUUCCACGCCCCAUGUGGGAUGAGCACCAGGCCUACGAGGAGCUGCUGUACUGGGACGGACUGAUCCAGCAGGGAUUCGUUCUUCACCCCCGUGAUUAUGACAGGUUUGAGGAGCUGCGUUACUGGUACGAUUGCCUGUGUUAUGAGGAGGAGCUCAGACACUACAGUGCUUACCUGGCCGAAUGGAAGGAGAAACGGGUUGUGUUUCCUCAGGGAGGACCAGCCAUGAAGCCACCGCCCCAGCGCACCUUCCCUAAUGAGGACCGGCAUAUGGAAGCCAAACAUGCAAGUGUCUAUCCAUCCCCGGAUCAGUUGAAGUCCGUGCAGAACAUGGUGUCCCACAUAGAGCAGGGCCUGAAGUCUGUUUCUGAUUGGAUGGUGGAGCAGGGAAAAACAGAUGAGUCUAAAAGUGAGGGGCCAGUGACCAAACUGAAGCGUGUUUUGCGGGUUGGAUUGGUGGCAAAGGGGCUACUGCUGAAGCAGGAUUUAGACCUGGACCUGGUUUUGCUCUGCACUGUUUUACCCACCAGUACACUGCUGGAAUCCAUCUCGAAUAAACUCUCUGAUGUACUAGAGACCCAAACAGACGAUAAGUAUGAGGUUGCUGCAUCCGCGAAGGACGCCGCUAUACUGGUGAAGAGUGUGAAGGAGCCAGUGCUGAAUAUGCAGAUCCACCUGACGUCUCGGGCUGUUCAAGAACAGAUGGAGAAGGAGGCCUCUGAAGAGCCGCAGUCGGCCUCAGCCCCGCCGGACGUUCUGGACAGGCAGAAAUGCCUGGCUUCUCUCGCCACUCUACGACACAACAAGUGGUUCCAGGGUAAAGUUAACAACCUGCAAUCAUGUGUGAUCGUUAUCCGGAUCCUCAGGGACCUCUGCAUGCGCGUUCCCACCUGGGCACCUCUCAAAGGAUGGGUUCUGGAGGUACUCUGUGAGCGAGCUUUAUCCACUAAUGAAGUGCCAAUGGGUCCGGGUCAAGCCCUGAGGAGAGUGCUGGAGUGUAUGGCAUCAGGAAUCCUGCUGGAGGAUGGUCCUGGUAUCUCUGAUCCAUGUGAACGGGUGACUACAGAUGCUAGCAGCCAUCUGACCACUCAGCAGCGUGAGGACAUUACCCAGAGUGCACAGUUUGCUUUGCGCCUGGUGGCAUAUGGACAGAUACACAAAGUGCUGGGAAUGGAUCGCCUCUCGCCAAAAGCAGCCCGUGUGUUCAGCAACAUGCACUACAAACCACAGGUCCCGGGAGAGGCCCCUGGCCCAUUUGUCACGAAGCGUCCACUGGAGUCGGGUACUGACGAUGAUGCUCAGAAGGCCAAAUACCCUCGGAAAGAGCAAUAUGUUGAGCCUGGUAAUGCUUUGAUGAAGCUGAACCGGAUACGGCCAGGAAUCCAGUACCGGCUUGUCUCUCAAACUGGCCCGGACCACACACCCCAGUUUACCAUGGCCAUCGAUGUGGAUGGCGUGACCUAUGUAGCUUCAGGGUCGUCUAAACGUAUAUCAAAACAGAUGGUGGCCCAAAAGGCCCUGCAGGGUCUUGGCAUUUCAACAGGCGUGGAGACGAAAGCAGAAAAUCCGAGCCAGGAUGCUGAAGAUUCAACCAUGUCAACUGCUAACACAGAAACAGAGGGAGAUGUUACUGGAGGAGAGGAUGGAGCUGAGACAUCUCUGCUUGGAGGCCCCAUCCUGACCAAACAUGGGAAGAACCCAAUUAUGGAGCUAAAUGAGAAGAGGCGUAGUCUAAAGUAUGAAGUCAUCUCAGUCAAAGGAGGUGCCAAUGAAAAAACUUUCACAAUAGAGGUGAAGGUGGAUGGGCAGAAGUUUCAGGGAGUUGGUUCUAAUAAGAAGGUAGCAAAGGCAAAUGCUGCUCUUGCAGCUCUGGAAAAGCUGUUUCCUUACAACUCCAACUCUGACAGCCAGAGGAAGAGGAGAUUCCCUCCUAUGGACUACAGUGGUAUGAGUGGGGUAGGGUAUUACCCUGGAGCCAACAGAGGCCGAGGCAGAGCUUGGAGCUGCGGCCGAGGAUUCAACAAAACCAAUCCCGCUUACAAAGGUUUUGGUGGUAAUGCUGGUAGUGGUGCUGCAGAUGUAGGCAGCGGCGACUCCAGCCAGACCACUAAAGCUGCAGAGGGGGGUCAGUCCGGCCCUGACACGGCUACAUACCAGGCUGUGCCCCCACCUGCCACGGGGUACUACAACCAGUACAGCCAGUCCUACUCACAGUUUAAGAAAACCGGCCAGAUCCAGGGUCAGGGUCAGGCUCCGCUGGUUGGACCGGACUACGGGUACGGUUACUCCAACCAAGCGGAGGGAGGGCAGCACUAUAGCUGUGGAGGAUAUAACAAUCCGGGAGCCGACAAACAAGAUUAUGGGUACCAUCAGAGUGCUUAUCCCAAUCUGUGGGGCUACAGCCGCGGCAGUGGCAACAACACUGGUUACAGUUACAGAUAAAUCCCCUUCAGCUCACCUGUACCCCACCAGAUCACUCUACAGCGCCCCCUCAACCUCAGCUGAAGGAGAACUGUCUGUUACCACUCUUUAGAUUGAGAAUUUCUGUUCCAAUCGGUUCUGUUUUAUAUUUCUGUUCUUGGAAAGAGUAGCUCAUCUGUUCCCGUCUUCUUUGUUAGUCAUUUAUUUUAACCAUAAGAUGAUUUACGAUGAUUCACAAUGACCCUAAGGACUGUCUGAACUGAGAGGAAGUUGAACACUAUUUUUUAUUUAUUUAUUAUUUUUUUUUACCCCCAGCAAUGGUGCACAUGCACAUACACAUGCACAUACUUGGUGAUUUUAUCUUUAACCUGACCGCAGCAGUUCUUAAACAGAGUACUUCACUGUUCUGCUGGUCUCUGGGUGCAUUGUGAUUUAUUUUUUUGUUGUUUGUCGGAUCACUGGCCAUGAGAAAUAAAAACCUUCUGUUUUUAAAAA